AUGAGUUCGAACCGAUCUGAGCCCGCGGGGAAACAGAAGAGGACCCGGGACCGCAAGAAACGUCGCGAAGGGCUGGUGUCCGCGGCCGGGGGCGGACGCAGCGCGGGAAGAAGGGCCGACCGCCCUCCGUCCCCCAUCAUUGCAGCGGGCCGCGUGGAGCUCAGCGGCGCACCCGUGCGGCGCUUCACAGUGGAUGACUUUGAAAUCGGGCGUCCUCUGGGCAAGGGGAAAUUUGGGAAUGUGUACCUGGCUCGGCUCAAGGAAAGCCAUUUUAUCGUGGCCCUGAAAGUCCUCUUCAAGUCCCAGAUCGAAAAGGAAGGACUGGAGCCCCAGCUGCGCAGGGAAAUUGAAAUCCAGGCGCACCUGCAACACCCCAAUAUCCUGCGCCUCUACAACUAUUUCCAUGAUGCCCGCCGCGUGUACCUGAUUCUGGAAUAUGCUCCAAGGGGUGAGCUCUACCAGGAGCUGCAGAAGAGCCACACAUUAGACGAACAGCGCACAGUGACGAUAAUGGAGGAAGUGGCAGAUGCUCUGAUCUACUGCCACGACAAAAAGGUGAUCCACAGGGAUAUUAAGCCAGAGAACCUACUGCUGGGGCUCAAGGGUGAGGUGAAGAUUGCAGACUUUGGCUGGUCUGUGCACACCCCAUCUCUGAGGAGAAAGACAGCAUGUGGGACUCUGGACUACUUGCCCCCCGAAAUUAUUGAAAGGAGAACAUAUAAUGAGAAAGUAGAUCUGUGGAGCAUUGGAGUGCUGUGUUAUGAGCUGCUGGUGGGAAGUCCACCCUUUGAGAGCCCUUCCCAUAUUGAGACAUACCAGCGCAUCCUCAAGGUCGAUGUAAGGCUUCCCCCAUCAUUACCUUUGGGGGCCCGGGACUUGAUCUCCAGGCUUCUCAGGUACCAGCCUUCAGAGCGGCUGCCCUUAGCCCAGAUCCUGGAGCACCCCUGGGUCCAGGCCCACUCUCAGAGGGUGUUGCCUCCAUCCAUUCAGAUGGCUUCUUGAGCCUUGUGUGUACAUGUUUCAUUGUGGUUGCCCAGAGAGCUCUCCUGGGUCUACUAUUUUAUCAGUCUUUUGUUGGUUUUAGAUUCACAAUUUUAAUUAAUAAAAAUUG